CAUGUACGAGACGAACUUCAAAAACAAUGUGAAGACACACGCUCAGAAACGAAUCGUACGGCUGUUCAAAUUGUGGUUCAUCGAAGCGAACGGUGUGAAGCCAUCGUCAAGACACAUGAAAGUGCUGAAGAAUGCUGCCACGUUCAUGUUCAAAAGGAAAUCGACUGUACCGCGCAAUCCCUAUCUAACACAGCGUUUGAUGAUGUACAUGCCACCGCAAAUUGUAGCUAUGGUAGCUAAUUCGAAUGAACGCGGCUUCAUGAACAAAUUGCACAACGCUUUCAAUUGGUUCCGCAUGGUUCCACUCUACUUACGAAUCCAAAGCGACAUCGACCAGUACCAAGCAACAUGUAGAGCAGCAGACGAACCCAUUCACGUUCGCAAUUUUCAUGUGGUGCCACUGCACAACAGCAAAACGAAAUACAUCCGGAUCGACUCGGCUACACUGAAGCUCAUGUUGCAGCACCUCAAAAUCCAUCCAACGAAACCAAGUCUGAAGCAACCCAAUAAGCGUGUAUGCCUAACGAACGCAGAGUUCGAAGAUGCUGUGGAUCCGACGGGAACAUUCAAUCCGAAUUGGUUUAAUUAUUUCAAGUGGUCUGCUGUUAAGAAAAUGCAGCGGCACAAAGAAUUCGACUAUCAAUUUCUAACGAAUGGUGUCGCGGUGUCCCUUCAAUUUAUCGUCGACCAGCCCCCGGAACCGGAAACAUUCGAAAAGGUGAUGGAAAAGCAGAAAAUCAAAUACAGAAAGUUCGGUCAGCGAUUCAACAACAAUCAGUACAAAACGAUCAUCGGUAUCGAUCCGGGAUACAAAUUGUAUCUGGCUGCGGUUAGUAAGGACAUGAGAACGAAUGAAGAGACGCUGUUUCGCCUGACUUCGAGAAAAUUCCACAACAUGUGUCAACAAAACAUUCGGGAUCGAAAGGCCAAACGAUACACAUCGCAACUGGAAACGGAAAUGGCCCAUGAUCGAGAAGUUAAUUUUGGUGGAACGAUCGCAUCGCCAAUGUCUGCAACAAAUUACAUGCUGUUCAUCGAUCAUCGCCUGAAACAUUUCAACAGCUGCAUCGCACUGUACACACAAAACAAAUAUACUGAGUUGGCGUUCCACAAGUACGUGCAUACGCAAAAGGCAAUGGAUGGUAUUGUCAAUGAGCUGUUGCCAUCCAGCAGGUCACACGAACGAUCGUUGUUGGUGAUUGGCGGAACGGAAUUUAAUCCGAGUGCGCCCAUCAAGAAAUACAGACGAUGUCCUGGCGUUCGGCAACUAGUAAAGUUUGUGCGAAAGAGAACCGGUUGUGAUAUUGUCUACGCGGAUGAAUAUAACACCUCGCAAGUUUGCGGUAGAUGCCAGAGACGCUUCAAAACAAGCGACGACGAAACGAUCCAGCACAAACGAUGGGAACGGAAAGGAGCCAGAAUGCGAUUGUGUUCGAACUGUACACCAAACGACAACAUUAUUCCUCUCCCAACAACGAUCAACACCAGAAUGUCUCCGCGUGCCCAACAUCUUCAUCGUCUUGCCAUUACGAACAGGCUUUUCUUCAAUGUGGCUGCGUAUUCUAUGGAGGAUGCUAAGCGGGAAUCGGACAACAUCCACUACAUCGCCGAGAAUUGUUGCUAUGAUGUGUCUCAUGACAAACAUACAUUCGACCCGAACGACAGGACGACACAAUUGAAGUGCGUAUGGAACCGUGACAUAUCUGCCGCGCGCAAUAUUCUAAUCAAAGGGGUGGCAAGCAUAACCGGAAUUCCCGCACCAAGAACGUUAUAUCGACAGACGCAGAUCAACGAAGAAAAUUCCUCAGAUGAGUCAAUGGAUUGACUUUGUCAAUCUCGAAUUUGCGAUACAAACAGUAAUACGGAGUGUGAACAUUCAUUUGGAGCACCCUGUAU